GGUGUAGGUCCGCCGCCGUGUUGUUAUAACUAUAACAUGUUCUUAUAGCGGGUUUUCCGUCGUGUUGUUAUAGCAUGUUCUUAAAGAGAAGCAAACACUAUAGUUCAGGAGGUGACACUUAGCAACUUCUCAUGCGUUACUAGCUAUGUUUUUUGGUUUGCGGCAUUUGUAGUGUCUAAAAUACCGACACACUUACCUCACAGCUAACAGUUAGCUAGCUAAUCCACAAAUGCGGUCAGUGUUAUCCAGCUGCAAUACGAGAGGUAACGUUAGCUUAAAGCGCAACGUCGGUCUACCCGUUCUUAGCUCUGAAACUGGCCGUUAUGGUAGGCGUCCGCUGGGCGUUCCGGUGUGGUUCGUGGACGCCGACCCGGUCGGAGUGGCUGUUGGCGGCCCGGUGUGUGCAGCGCGAAGAGAAAGAGCGAAUCGGACAGUUCAUGUUUGCCAAGGAUGCCAAAUCAGCCAUGGCUGGCAGGUUGUUGUUGAGGAGGUUGGUGUGUGACAGGAUGGGUGUUCCCUGGGCUGAUAUCCGCUUGGAGCGUUCUCCCAGAGGAAAGCCCUACCUGGCCAACCCAGCCUGCUCCAGCCCUGAAUCCGUGGGCUGGAGUUUUAACAUCUCCCAUCAGGGUGACUACGCUGUGCUGGCUGCAGAGCAGGGGCUGCAGGUCGGGGUGGACGUGAUGAAGACCACCAUGCCAGGUAGCAGUUCUGUGCCAGAGUUUUUCCGUAUCAUGACGAGGCAGUUUACUGAUUAUGAGUGGAGUGUUAUCCGCAGAGCAGGGUCGGAAUGGGAGCAACUGACCAUGUUCUACAGACACUGGGUGUUGAAGGAAAGUUUCAUAAAGGCGAUUGGCACAGGGCUGGCCUUUAAUCUACAGAGGGCAGAGUUUCACCUGUCACCUGAGCCAAUUGCAGACGGAAAGGUGUGUCGCCGGACCACAAUGCACCUGGAUGAGGAAGAAGAGGAGGUCUGGACCUUCGAGGAGACUGUAUUGGGUAAGGACCACCAUGUUGCUGUGGCACUGAGGCCCAGGCAUACAGUCAGAUCUGUGGUGAGUCAUAGCCUGCCCCUCCCCCUGCCAUCACCUAUCCUCCCCCCUCCUUCACCUUCCUCUCCUUCAGUGACCUCAUCAGCAUGGCCACACCCCUCUUUGAAGAAGACUCCGCCUACUGGGAGAACUUCCAGAAAAAGGCUGAAGCCCCGGAAAGACAGAGACUCACAGCUACAGUAUGAGGACCGUACAGGAAGAGUUGGUGAACACCAGGGUUGGUGUGACUGAGGCAUCUGGAGGAGCUGGCCACUCUGACAACAAAUCAGGCUUAAGCAUUGAAAUAAUGUUGGUCCUCAGACCCACCCAGGGUCAAUUUGUUAAUCAAAUGCCAGUGAUGAAAAGAGUUCCAUGACUGCAAAUUGCUCUUAAUCAUGGUAUUGGAUGAUAAUAAAGCAACCACAGUAAUACUAUGUAAGGUGUGUGUGUGUGUGGGGGGGGGGGUGGUAUUGAUUUUGUAGGUUGCAAUCACCUGAAUUGAUUGUGGUCAUCUGUCAUUACUACAGUGUUGUUGACCAACCUCCCUAUAAUGUGAUUAAAGGUUUGUAUGGCUUCUUA